GCUGGCCUCAGGCAGGGAGGAUCUCUUCACUUGGGACGUAUAAAGACAGCACUCCAGAUACAUUAGGCACCUGUUGCCAGAAGCACCUGAAGGUGUCAGGGUGCUUUUAAAAGAGUAUGAACUCAAUUCAUCUUGCAGCUCACCAGAGAUCUGCAACUCUACACCAGCAACCUCACUCAAAAAGUGCCCAAGAAGCGACAGACAUGGCGGUGUAUUGCGACAAUUUCAGUAUGUAUCACCAGCAGAACCUGCACAACUCUCAGAGAGCACCCAAUUAUGGGAUAGGGGAUUAUACACCAUCAACAAACCCCUAUUUGUGGCUCGGUGGGCCUGGAGUGAACAGCUCACCAAGUUACCUUCACAGCAACAACUCAGCUUCAUACAUGCCACCGUCCUAUGGAUCCCAGAGACAAUUCCUGCCAAAUUCGACAAGUUUUGGAGGGACGGACCUUGGUUGGUUAUCCAUAGCCUCCCAGGAGGAACUGCUGAAGCUUGUGAGGCCACCAUACUCUUACUCAGCUCUUAUUGCCAUGGCCAUUCAAAACACUCCAGAAAAGAAGCUCACUCUCAGCCAGAUCUACCAGUAUGUGGCCGACAACUUUCCCUUCUACAAAAAGAGCAAAGCGGGCUGGCAGAACUCCAUCCGGCACAACCUGUCCCUUAAUGACUGCUUUAAGAAAGUUCCAAGAGAUGAGGAUGACCCAGGUAAGGGCAAUUAUUGGACUCUAGACCCCAACUGUGAAAAGAUGUUUGAUAAUGGAAACUUUCGCAGGAAGAGAAAGCGAAGAUCGGAAUCCAGCAGUGUUGAAGCUGUCAAUGGUAAAGGUGAAGAAGGUCGCUCUGCUUUAGGGGGGAAAGAUGGAGGUAGUCCAUCUAUGCUGACCCCUUCAUCCCCUGAGAUGGAACUGGCCACAGAUGAUAGGAAAAGCACCUCUCCUCCAGCCAUCACCUCUACCCCUUGCUUGAAUAACUUUUUUAGCAGCAUGACCUCCUUGGACUCCACCUCUGUGAACAGACAGAUGUCUCUGGGGCUGGUGAAUGAACUCUCUCAGAGGAACAUUACUGGUAUAAGCAGUUUCACCUCAGGCUCUGUGGUGGAGCCAUCUGCAGAUCUACAGGACAGCUUGCACCUCAGCCGAGCUCCGUACUACAACACUUUCUCCAGCUCCACCAAUCAGGGUAGCCAAUUCAACAGCCAUUUCUACAACACCUUCAGUGUCAACAGCUUGAUAUACACAAGGGAAGGGAGUGAAGUUUAAUUUCAGGGAAUGUAAUGAUGCUGGAAACAAUUUUUGGGAUAUCAAGCCACGUUAUAUACACAUAGGUGCCAAAAUGUGGAAGAGGAAUGAACCCUGUGGGUUGGGACCUAUUUAAGAAUCUAACCCAGUGAUUGUUAUAUUAUUAAUCAAGCAAACUAUUCCACUCUGAAAACAUUUUAAUGGUGGUCCAAAAGCAAGACCCUGCUGAUAUUACUGGAAUCUGAAAAAUAGCAGAAUUUUGGUUAUUCCAGUGACACUGCCUCAAAUGUAUAAAAUUAUUAAAUAUGACUGAAUUUUUAAUAACUCAAUCUGCCUUAACCAAGCAAUUGGCGUCAAGUGAUUUGAAAAAAAUUAUAUCUUACAAUACUGUACUCUCAUCUCGAAUCAUACUUCAAGUUAUCACCUCUAUACAAUGUUUUUUUUAAAAAACACUGGACUUUUUUAAUGCAAUUUUUAAUUGUAAUAUUUAGUUGAAUAUUGAAAUAUGGCAAGAUAUGAAACUGCAAACAACACCAUUGCACAAAUUAAGCAACUGCCCAUGGCAUAUUGUUUUGUAAAUACUGUUUUUGUACAUAUACAAUUUCCAUUGUGUACCUUGUGGAAUUUUUUUACUGCUUUUAUUUAUGCUGAGUCCCGUUUUUCAUAUGUUUUUAUAUAUUAACCAGGCAAACUGAAGUAUUUUUUUUUUCUUUUUGCAAUAAAUCAUAUAACAUUU